AUGGAGCAACAACAUCAUGACGAUCGAUACGUCGACGUGGACGACGACAGCAGCGAACAUGCGCCAUUGAACCCGAGCGGAAACGGCAAUCCUUCGUCGGCCAUCGGUGCCACGACGACGACAUCCCCAUCCACAUCGACAUCGACGUCGUCACCACCAUCACUACCGCUCCCACUACCGCCGGCGUCAUCAUCAUCGACAUCGUUCAAGACGCCGAUCUGGUACGAGUUCUCGACGGUGCGACGGACGUACGGGCAAUUUGAGGUGCUGGGCAGCGUCAAGCGGUUCUUCUACGCGCUGAUCCCCAGCUGGAUCACGACGCACGCGGCGACGACGCCGUCCAAGUCGGGCAUCUCGGCGCUGGACGGGCUGCGCGGGCUGGCGUGCCUGUUCGUGUUCAACGAGCACUACGUGAUCUGCUACCAGUCGCGCGACACGCAGGUGUGGCUGAUGCGGGUGCCGUUCAUCCGGCUGCUGUGGUACGGCAAGGCGGCCGUGUUUCUGUUCUUUGUGAUUUCCGGCUACGUGCUGAGCGUCAAGCCGCUGCGGCUGAUGCGGGCCAAGGCGUACCUGGACUUCCACAAGACCAUCUCGUCGAGUUUCCUGCGCCGCGGCAUCCGCCUGUACCUGCCGUGCAUGAUUGUCAGCUUGGUGGCGUGCGUGCUGACCAGCAUGGGCUUCUUCGACCGCUCGACCGACGUCUACCUGCAGUACCGCAGCUUCGUCUUCCUCAAGGAGCAGCCGCCGAAGCACCUGGACGGCUUCGGCGCCCAGUUCGCCGGCUACCUGACCAACGUCGGCUUCCUGUUCAGCGGCACCAUCCCCUGGGACAUGGACACCGACGUGCUGCACUACUUCAUGUACGACGACCACCAGUGGACCAUCCCCAAGGAGUUCCGCAGCAGCAUCGCCGUCUUUGCCCUGCUGGUCACCACGUCGCGCAUGCGCAGCGGGUUGCGCAUGCUGACCAUCGCCGCCCUAGCCGUCUAUGCCAUCGCCACAGCCCGCCUGUACGUCUCGCUGUUCAUGGCCGGCAUGAUAUGUGCCGAGCUCGACCUGGUCCGCCAAGCCUACUACGCGCGCUGCAAGGAACAGGAUGCGAGUCUGCCGGAAUUUCUGCACCGCAGCGUCAGCGCCGGCAGCAGCAGCAACAGCGGCGGUGGUGAUGUCGAAAAGGCCUUGCCGUCCUCCUCCUCGCGCUCCCGCUACACCGGCCUCGAGACACUGAUGCACCUCCCCGACCUGGUCUACAAGACCAUGUGGAUCGGCAUGUUCACGCUGGGGGUGUUUAUGAUCUCGUCGCCGCAAGAGAUCCAACGCACGCUCAACUACCUGCCGUCGCUGCUGCUUCGCUGGGGGGUGCCCCCGUACAAGAUCGACAACACGCUGUUGGUGAUCGGGUCGGUGCUGGUGGUGUGGAGCACGGCGACCUGUCCGUCGCUGGGCCCGCUGUUCAACAACCCGUUCAUCACGUACCUGGGCAAGAUCUCGUACGCGCUGUAUCUGAUGCACGGCACCGUCAUCAAGUCGCUCGGCUACAACGUCCUGCCCUGGACCCUGUACAUGGCCACCUGGACCCCGUGGGAGGUCGACCUGGAUUUGGAGUGGUGGCAGACCGUGCCGGCCUCGCAGAAGGUCACCGCCUACGCCUUGGGCCUGUGCUUCGUCGCCACCACCUGCUUCUGGCUGUCCGACCUGUUCUGGCGCUUCGUCGACAUCCCCUCGGUCGCGUUCGCCCGCCGCGUCGAGAACUGGAUGACCCGCGGCGCCGACGACCCGCCCACCAACCCGGAUCGCCCUCACCCGGCCUCGGCCGUCAACCCUUCCAACGACUCGUAUCAACAUUACCGCCGCACGCGCGCCGCCAGUUCCGGCCCGCCCGGCCACCUGCGAGCCCUGAGUCAGCAGGAAGUGGGAGGUUCGAAGAGGAAGAAUGGUUGA